CAGUGUUAAUGUCAAUGGUCUACACUUCAGAUUGAGAACUGGAAAUGCUUUUGCAUUUAAGGAUAUAUAUUGCUAUUAGUCUCAUUUCUGUUUCAAACCAAGCUUACCUAGGAGGAAGCAUUAGUUGGUUAAAGUGGCCACAUAGUAACAAGGUCCGAUUUACUUAUCGGUUAACAUGGGAAAAGGGCACAGGCCCAUGUGGCCAAAACUGUUCUUCUAGUAACUUGUACAUAAAAGGAACCGUUCCGCCAUCAUUAUCAUCAAUGCAAUGGAAAUGUAUCUCCGGUUGUAAUCCAGCAAUGACUUUAUCAGAUAUUAACACCAUUUUAACAUCAUUUAGUGAACAGUCAGCAGACUGGGAACAAGGCGAAAAUCAUUUUUUUCACAUGAAUCCUGGAACAAACAGAUAUACUGUUCGGCUAGACAGUAUUCCAUGGGCAGUGCCAGCAUCUGGUCCCGGAAGACUUGUUACAACAAUAGAUUUGAGGAUACGGAAUGAUAGUACUUUACCAAACGCUAGUCCUGUGGCAGCAGUUCAACCUACAGUAGGAAUUCCGUUCGGAUGUCCGACAACAAUAACAUUACCAGUAGAAGAUCCUGAUGGUGAUAAUCUACAAGCAAGAGAAGCUUAUCCAGAUGAAUGUGGAGGAGCCUGCACUUCACUUCCAAACUUCAUAUUAAAACCAACUCUAGCACAACUCAUCAUCGAUGCAACUACAAUGAAUGGAUACAAAGCUGGCGAAUCAUACCGUGUAACGCUCAUGAUAGAAGAUUAUCCAAUCUAUACAAUAAAAAUCGGAAAUGACACUGUAACCCCACGCCACAGUAUCAGUAAAAUACCUCUGCAGUUUACCGUGAAAGUGAUUGAUAAUCCGAGUAGUUGCGACGAUACAGACAUGACAUUUGCACAUCCCACGCUUGAUGAUGGACAUCGUAUAUCCUAUCCGGGUUUCCUAAAAAAUGGAAAAUUCAGAAAUGGUGUUUACGUGGAAAGUAAACUAUCAAAUUCAGUGGAAUUUAUGGCAAGUCUUCCAGCAGGGAUGCAAGUGGAAUUGUUGAAAGACGAUUUACUCAGAAAUAAUGUUUCAAGAAUCUAUAUAAGCUGGAACCCUCCUCUUGAGCAGUCAGCUGAUAAUAUAAUGUGUGUAUGGGGAAAACGUAAUAAUGGAAUAACAUCUGAUACACGAUGUGUAGUUGGAUUGAUAAAUGAUUUUAAUGACUGUGACAGAAAGCAUAUUGUAUGUAAAAACAAUGGAAAAUGCGUCAAUCUAUGGCACAGGACAACAUGUAAAUGUCAACAUGGCUUUAAACCAAAAGACUGUACUGAUAGUUAUACUGGUGUUGACUGUGAGACAGAAAUAGAUGAGUGCUCUUCCAACCCAUGUAAACACGGGGGAAGAUGUGUUAAUGAUAUCAACACAUUUUCUUGUUCCUGUGUCCAAAAUUAUACCGGGAAAACAUGCAAUUUUGAUCCAGAACAACAACCUAUGGUAUGUGCAUAA